AGCGUGGGAGCAUAAAAACAAGGGAGGAGGCGUCGCUGCAGAGAACCAGAGUUUGUUUUGCUUGCCUCGUGCUUCUCUACGGAAAAACUUUUAGAAAAUGGUGCAACAUCUGAACAAGUCCGGAGCGAAGGAGGCUCCGCUGCUGAAGGCCGGACACCCGCCUGCAGUGAAGGCCGGAGGUAAACGAGUGGCCAAGAAGAGCAUGGAGGAUGGAAGCAGCCACGGGAGCCAGGAGAAGGAUCCCAAGCGCGCUGAUAAACUGAGGUCCGUUGCCUCGGCCAACAGGAUGCAGCAACAAGUGGGAAUACUCCUGGCAGGAACUCUCGACAAGCUGAGCCACGACUUCCCCGAGACGCCGGUGAGCGUGAGGCACAGCAAGCUGCGCCCGGCUUUUGAGAAGACCCACUUGUGCCGCUCGUAUCCCAUUCAGCAGCCGAGGAAGUUUUGAACGGCGUGCGUGUUUCCGACUGCGCCCGGAGGGGGGGGGGGGGGCGGCGUGGAGUCAACUGUGAAAGAGGGACAUGAGGUGUUAGACACACGAGGGGUUCUGACAGGUUGUUUGUGAUGUGUUGAUGGAAAGAGAGCUCACAUCAAGCUCUCUGUUUACUCUGUAGAAAAGUGAGGCUGCCUUUAUUUUUCAGGCGUUGCUUGAUUGUCAGAUUAUUCUAAACCCACGAUGGAGUUGUGUUUUCCAGCUGAUGGAAUGAACGAUGGCAGGUUGGUACCAGCAUGUUGAGAGAGGGGGGGGGGGCUGAAGGUGAGGCUUUUGGGACUGUUUAAAAAACAAUGUAUUGCUUGGCACUUAUUAGCCUUAAUAAAAAAAAAAAAAGCAUGAUAGAAGCUUAUAGCAGACUUGUACUUAAUUUCUUUAGUUUUCUUUUGCAGUAGGCAGCAACAGUCCCUAGGUGGCGGCAUAUAGCCAUUUAUAAAUGGAACUUGAUGUACUUUUAUAAAUCAAACUUGUUGUAAGCAAAAUAUUAAUAAAAAAACUUCCAUUACCA